AUGGAGUCGUUCCCGACCUUCAUCGUCGACGCGUUCACAACCCAAAGAUUCACAGGAAAUCCAGCCGCCGUUUGCUUGAUUCCUAGGGUAAAAUAUUGGAAAAAUGUCAUAGUCCAUUCACCUCUAGUUUGACGAAUUAUCACUGGAACCUCUCAUUUUUGCACACUUGUUUGCAAAUUGCAGAAAUGUCGUCUCUUGGUAAAGCCAGCGGUGAAUGAACUAUAGUAUAUUCAACGCUAGCUUGUCAAAAAAUUCGAUUCAGUUAUAAUCUCUCAGAAAUUGAUUGGUUUUUGAGAGCAAGUUAACGGUGAAAUUAAUAUUUUUCGUUCGAUUGACUUUCGAAAAAAUAAGAAAUGCAGAAACUCGAAGAUCACGAAUACCUCAAAAUCGCUGCCGAGUUCAACUUGUCGGAAACUGCAUUCCCGAUUCCAGAAGAUGGGAAAAGCUUUACAGAAGGUACUUUAUUACUGAAAAUAGAGUUGCAGUAUUUAAAAAAAGGUAGGAAAAAUUGAGGCGACUUUUGAAGGGUUUUUAUCGAAAAUAUCAAGUUUUGAGUUUUGAAAUAAACAUUGGUAGUUAGGACCAUUUUCAGUUUUGUCAGUUAUUUUUAAAGUUCCCCAACAGUUUUUGUCAGUCCAGUAAAGUAAGUAAUCUCUGAAAAAAAUUUUUUUGCCAACUUUAAAGAGUAAAAAUCUUUUUGCGCUUUUUUCACGACUUGCAAGGGAUCAAAAAAACCUCAUUCUUAUUAUUAUUGAUUUUCUUAUUAAUCUCCUAAAAUAAUAAAAAUUAUUAGAACGAUUUCAGACGCUUGGACUUACCCAACUCAAAAAAAGAAUUUUUUUUUCUCUUUUUUUUCGAGAAGUAGAUGUUCUCUCAUGACUUGCAAAAACUUCAAAAAUUUACUUUUUUAUUUUUCAUCAAUUGCUUUUGCUGGAGCUCAUAAUUAGCUAGUCAAAAAUUAUGGACCUCUCUCCCUUCAUUGCCUCUCUAAUUUUUGGAAAAUUCCCCAAUUUUUUUCAAUACAUUUUUCUUUGCGGCAGUUCUGAGCAAAAACUACUGAAUUCAAUGACAGAAAAAAAACGGACCUGGAUUACAGCCAACAGAUUUUCCCUCCGCUGGUUCACGCCAAAAAUGGAAGUCCCACUCUGUGGCCACGCCACCAUGGCCACGUCCUACGUUCUUUUCAACGAAGUUGGUCAGUCUUUCUUAAAAAAGUAUUCGAGAAAUCCUGAAAAAUAGGUAACAAAAGCGAGAAGAUCAUAUUCUUCACAAAGUCCGGGGAAUUGGUGGUCAGCCGCGAAGCAGCCAGCCAAAAUCUCACGAUGAACUUUCCGAAAUACGGAAUCACGUCGGUUCGCUUCAAAGAGGUGGAGAAUCCUUUGGGAGAGUAUUUUUCGGAGGUUUGGAAUGAAAUAACUUGAAAAAAAAAGGAAGAAAAGUUCAGUUUGAUGCGCCCAACUUCCUGUACGACUUGAUCAAAUGCGUCAUUCCAGCAGAGGUGAAAAUUUACUUUUUACUAUUUUUGUUUUUCAUUAUGAAGCUGACUUAUGUAGGCGAGUAGUGUAGGAAUUUUUCAAACUUCAAUAUUUUUUUAAAGAAUGUUUUUGAAUACAAAAAAACUUUGAACCGCAUAGAAAUUCUUGAAUUGUAAUGCAAAGUUUUUAUUAAAUUUUAAGACGUAUAAUGAAAUUUCACUCUUUAUAACCGGAAUUUUUUCGAAAUUGAACUUGAAAUUUUUUUAUGUGGCAUAAUUUUUUCGAAAAAGCUGGGUUUUAUGUCCCCUGGUCUUUCUGAACCGAAAGAUCAAAGUUAAGUGAGAAUUUCCCGGGUCAAAGUUGACGUAAUGAGUAAAAUAGUGCAAAAACAAGUUUUUAAAGUUUUUAUUAAGUUUUUUUCCAUAAGUUUUUCCUUUUUUUGAUAACUUACCACUUGGUUAGAACAACACAGAAAUUCGACUCUUCAUGAACUAAAAAUUUGAAUCUUCAUGAACAUUUUCAACCCUUUUUCAAGUAUCAAGAAGUUCAGAACAAAUUUCAUAAGUAAUAGAUCAUUUUCAACCUCAGAAAUUGACAUAAGAAUGACCUGGAAAAUUUUCUUCCAACUUUUUAAAAACUGAAAACUUCCCAGGUGAACAUCGAAAGCGUGGCGUACGCAUCGGAGGCAAAGAAGCUGAUCGUGGUGAUAGACGAGAUGACGAGCAAGUUCGAGAUGGAGCAGUUCGAAAGCGACUCCCAGAAAAUGCUCUCCGUACAUCCCGACGGAGACUUUGUCCGCGGCAUAAUCGUCACCUUCGCGCCUAAAAACGCUCAGACUCAAGUUGUUCCAGGUCCAUGUACAAUAAUGAAGCAUGAGUUUUCAGGGGUUCGUCGACAAGCUCGGCGAGGAGUACGACUACGCCUGUCGUUACUUCGCGCCUUGGGUCGGAAUUCUGGAAGAUCCGGCGACAGGCUCUGCACAGUGCGCUUUGGCUCCGUUCUGGGCCAAACUCCGUAAUCAGCAGAGCUUUUAUGGUAAGAUUGACAACCUGAUAAGCUUUUCAGUUUAUUCAAAUCAUUAUUUUUUGGUAGGAAAACAUUUUCUAACGUUUUCCCAAGUGAAACACGGCUUGUUCUGGUUUUUUUGGCUAAAAAUUCGUUCUGGUUGUCUCACUUUAACAUUUUUGAACUUCUUCACUUGAGAAAUACUUACCUGGCGCUUUUCAAAGACGACCAUGCUAUAGUUCCGCCAAUGAAGGCUGGAGCUGACAUAAAUCUUAUCUUCAAUCAGAAAAAAAAAAGUUCAGAACCCUUUUUGGAUUUAAUUAUUUCAAUAUCCUUUCUGGGUUCAAAAAUUAGACAAAUCAAGCCGUACACUUUCUGAGUUCAGAUAUGAUCAUUCUACGGUUUAUUUGAAGUUUUCUUAAUUCUCUGAUUCCUAAUUUCUUAUGGUGCAUGAAACUUUACUUGAAGAAGAGACAGGAAGCUUUAUAAAUCGAAGAAAAACACUGAAAACUCCUAAUCCAUUUCUUUGUAGCUCUACAAUGCUAUCCGAGCCGAGGAGCGCAGUUCCGAGUCCAACUCGACGAAGACGCUAGUCGUGUGGUCCUCGGUGGAAGCGCCGUGACUGUUGUCAGAGGCAAUAUUCUUCUCGAUGAGCCGGCUUUCUAUUGA